ACCGAGGGUCCUUGCGGCGCCUGCUCCAAGAAAAUCCCCAAAUCGGCCGGGGCUCCACCAGUGCAGUAGGGAACCGCGAGCCGGGAUCUCCGACUCUGGAACCCAGGUCCGGCAGCAACAGAGGCGAGUGGGUGUGUCCGCUUCCGCCCGCUGGCCUUCAGCCCUGCGAAGGGCGCCUGAAAGCGGUACUUUGUUCUCCAAGAUGGAUUUUGUCUGAGGCUGAUCUGGACUCUAGAAGUACAACUUUACGACUGGGGUGCGCCUCGGCGGGACUGGGAGUCCUGGAGGGGAAGGAGUGGAUCCUGUCCGCAUUCGCCAGGAAGAGAGGGGCGGCAGGGCCCCAGGAGUUCCCACGGGUCGUGGGUGGCGCCGCGACUGGCACCACACCAGUCCCGAGCGCGCGGCGACGCUCCUGGGAGCCCGCCCCGGACCCCUCCCCCAGUUGUCCCCUUUGAGGUUAGGGCUUGAAGUUCGGGGCUGGGAUCCGUCCGGAGCCAGCAGAAAACUUUCCCUCCCAGACCCAGAUACCUUUUGUCUUUCUUGGCAGCAGCGGCGACGCGUGAGCUAUGGUUCCUUGACGCUGCCUCGCUCGUCGCUCUCGGUGCCCUCAGAGGGCAGGGGCGCUUGGACUCUGCGCGCCCGAUGGCGGUGAUCGGAGACCCCUCAGCCCCCGGCGGGCACAAGCUGUGGCGCGCCCCCGGGUCCGAGGCCGCCCGCGUCACCCAGGCGCGGGGGUAGGUAGGGGCGCCCGCACCCCCUCCGCCCGCCCCCUCGCCUGACUCAUCCGCCCUGGGUGACCGCGCCGCGUCCGCUGCCGGAUCCCGGCUGGGAUGGGUAGGGAGACCGCGGCUGCUCGCGGCUGCCGGAAUUCCUGCUGACGCCCCCGACCCCGCCGCCUCCUUAGCUGCCUCCGGAGGCGCCCGACGUCGGGACAGCUCCUGGAGCGAGAACCCAGAGGUCAUCCGAACCCCCAGGCUCCGCGCGCACGACAGAAGAAAAGACUGAGCUAUGAUAGCCACUGGCGGAGUGAUAACCGGCCUGGCCGCCUUGAAAAGGCAAGACUCUGCCAGAUCCCAGCAGCACGUCAACCUCAGCCCAUCGCCUGCUGCCCAGGAGCAGAAGCCAGUCAGGCGGCGGCCGCGGGCCGAUGUCGUAGUCGUUCGCGGCAAAAUCCGGCUUUAUUCCCCGUCUGGAUUUUUCCUCAUUUUAGGAGUGCUUAUCUCCAUCAUAGGAAUUGCAAUGGCCGUCCUUGGAUAUUGGCCCCAAAAAGAACAUUUCAUCGAUGCGGAGACAACAUUGUCAACGAAUGAAACUCAGGUGAUUCGGAACCAAGGCGGCGUGGUGGUCCGCUUCUUUGAGCAGCAUCUCCAUUCGGAUAAAAUGAAAAUGCUUGGCCCGUUCACCAUGGGCAUCGGCAUCUUCAUCUUCAUUUGUGCUAAUGCCAUUCUUCAUGAAAACCGCGACAAAGAGACCAAAAUCAUACACAUGAGGGACAUCUACUCCACAGUUAUUGACAUCCACACGCUGAGAAUCAAGGAGCAAAAGCACAUGAAUGGCAUUUACUCGGGCUUAAUGGGAGAACCAGAAGUGAAACAGAACGGGAGCUCCUGUCCCUCCAGACUGGCGGCAAAUGCGGUCGCCUCUUUCUCAGGUUUGCGGAGCAGUUUCCGAAUGGACAGCUCCGUGGAGGAGGACGAACUGAUGCUAAGUGAAAAUAAGGGUUUGGGGCAUCUCAUGCCCCCUUUGCUCUCGGACAGCUCUGUCUCGGUCUUUGGCCUCUAUCCACCUCCAUCCAAGACAGUGGAUGAUAAGACCAGCAGCUCCAAGAAAUGUGAAACCAAGUCCAUUGUGUCGUCAUCCAUCAGUGCUUUUACAUUGCCUGUGAUCAAGCUUAAUAACUGUGUAAUUGAUGAGCCCAGUAUAGACAACAUCACCGAGGAUGCUGAGAACCUCAAAAGUAGGUCAAGGAAUUUGUCAAUGGAUUCCCUUGUGGUCCCUUUGCCCAACACUGGUGAAUCCUUCCAGCCAGCUGGCAUGAUGCUCCCAAGGAAUAAUUCAAUCGGAGAGUCCUUGUCCAGUCAGUACAAGUCCUCUGUGGCCCUUGGGCCUGGGCCUGGACAGCUCUUGUCUCCCGGGGCUGCUAGAAGACAGUUUGGAUCCAACACAUCUUUACAUUUACUGUCAUCACACUCAAAAUCCUUAGACUUGGACCGGGGUCCCUCUACUCUGACUGUUCAGGCAGAGCAAAGGAAACAUCCUAGUUGGCCUCGGUUAGAUCGAAGCAACAGCAAGGGAUACAUGAAAUUAGAGAACAAAGAGGACCCCAUGGAUAGGUUGCUUGUGCCCCAGGCUGCAAUCAAAAAAGACUUUACCAAUAAGGAGAAGCUUCUCAUGAUUUCGAGGUCUCACAAUAACUUGAGUUUUGAACAUGAUGAGUUUUUGAGUAACAACCUAAAACGAGGAACUUCUGAAACAAGGUUUUAAAGUUUAAAAAUAUAUCAUUUUCCAAGGGUAUAUAUUUUAAAACUAUUUUCACCAGUGUUUCCCUCUUAAAGUGUUGGUUGUAAGCUUUUUUAAUCAAAUGGUUUGUAUUGUACUACUGGCUGUUUAAUUCUGUAAUGGAGAGAGUUGUGUGUUUGGGUUUCAUAAGAUUGUAGUACUCUAGCACCUAUGAUUUUGUUUUUCCAUUCCUUCAAAAGCAUGAUAGCUUUUAUUGGUAUGAAUACAGAAUACUUGCAUCUAAAUUAAAACUUUGCUUUACUUUUUUUAGUUCAUUCAUUGAUUGUCAUAUUCAUAGAAUGAAAUGUCUAGUAGGGAAAACAUAGAAUACCAAAGUGUGGACCCAAAGUACCAAAUUAGGUUCCACAAUAUAUAUUUACAAAUGAGUGUGAGUGCAAAUCUUAGGAUGUGAUUUUCUGAGUAAUUGCUUUUAUGUAGGAUUGGUUAAAUUAUUUAAAAGAAAAAGAUCUAGUUUCUGUGUGAGCUAAAUAAUAUACAUUGGCCCAAUUGGUUUAGUUUGGUAUGUGUGAGCUCAAUUUUACAAAUUGGUUAAGUUGGCUAUGAAUCUUAUUUUGAGCUCUGGGUAGAUAGUAUUGUUUUAAACAUCAGUUCUGUUUUAGUGAUGUAUUAUCAAGAACUGAUGUAUUCAAGAGUCAUGACUGAGAAUGCUAUAUAUACUUGAGGGAUAAAUGUCCAAAAAAGCUAUCAACUGUAACUUUAGGUAUUCAGAAUCAAAGUUUCUUUGAAACCUGACUUGAAAAAUGAAUGAACCAAUGUAGUUUGUAGAAAUGCUAUAUGGAAAUAAUUAUAUACAGGAAGGAAAUAUUGGCUAAUGAGCAAGGAUACAUUUUAGGCUAGUUAAUGCUAGCUAGCCUCAAUCCCUUUUUCUAGCCAUCUGUUACCAUCCAAUAUACACCCACUCCCACAUCCAUAAUUUCCCCGAAUACUUUUUAGUUCUUGUUAUUUGGAAAAUAAUCAACUAACCUUGAUAUUUCUUUUUAACUUCACAUACCACCAGGGUGGUGGUUCAAGAAAACUAAGUCCUUGAUAAAUUGCCUUGAAAUUUACCUUGUGCUGGAAAGCCUUACGCUAACUCCAAAGACAUUCUCGCGGUGUCAUAAAUUUUUAGGAUUGUGGUUCUGUUGAAGACAUUAAAUGCUAAAAUGGAUGUUUCCAUCAGAAAAAUUUCAUGUUUUCCAUUAAAGUAACAAUUUUAAGAAUUAUUUAAUGGAAUACUCAGGAUAUUUUACAGGUUUUCCCCAAGGCCUAACCAUUUCAGAGCAUCAACGUUGCAGGUGCAAAAGGACAGAAGGAAGGUCCAUCUCUGUGUGUAGCUCCCCACAGUUCCACUCAUGUUUGCAUCACAAGCUUCCCUCCGUUGAGGCACCAUGCUGUUUAUUAGAACAUCAAACCUGUGUAUUGUGAUAGAGUGGACUCAGUAUUUUAUUAUAAAGCAUUUAA